AAUAAAAUGAACAAAAAAGUUUAUUAUUUCAAUCAAAAUUUGACAAAUUUGCCUUCACAGCGCUAUGGAGAUAGCUGGUUUUUGCGACCCGAUAGCAGCUACGAGAGCUGCUAUUUUUUGUGGCGUUUUUCGCUUUUGGCGCGCCCGCACUGCGUGACUCUUUUAGAUUCUUCCCGGAGCCACUUCACACACGUCCGCUCGGUAAGAAAGAGAAAACACCAAUGUCUGUGAUAAUUUAGAAAAAAUUGUUUCAAAUAUGUCCGACACCGAACGCAUAAGCGUUCUAUUAUUCGAUGAAAUUAUCAUCAAGUCGGACUUGAGCUAUAAUAAAGCUAGAGAUGUUAUCGAUGGGUUUGUAGACCAUGGGGAAGGUCAACGCGAAAACAAAAUUGGGAAUAAAUGUUUAUUUUUCAUGGUUAAGGGAUUGUGCUCCAAAUGGAAAUACGUGUUUUCGUAUUAUAUCUCCAGUGGUGGUAUACGUACGGAGACAUUGAUGUCCAUUUUGGACAAAAAUGUCGCACAACUAAAAAAAAUGGGGUUAAAUUUGAAAGGUAUAGUUUGCGAUCAAGGGCCCUCCAACAGUAGUAUCUUUAAAUCUUUGGGGAUUUAUGAGGAUAGCCCCUUUUACGUGCACGAAGGCACAAAAAUUUUUUGCAUGUUCGAUUACUGUCACUUGAUAAAGUCCGUCCGAAAUACCUUGAUGAAAUAUGACAUCUUAACAUCAGAUGGAGUGACAAGCUUCAAGGUGAUUGAAAAAUUGUUUGAUAUAGAUCAAAUGAAUCCCCAUUUUAAAAUUUGUCCGAAACUAACGGAGGCCCAUAUAUAUCCCAAUUUUAUGGAUAAAAUGAGCGUUUCACGCGCGACUCAGGUCCUGAGCAAUUCGGUAGCCUCUGGUAUCGACAUGGCCUUGUCCCAAAAUUUAUUAGGCAGUGACGACUACGUGAUAAAAUGCGCUAAGCCCACACAGAUGUUCGUUAAAAAAAUGAAUGAUCUGUUCGAUGAAUUGGAUGCAAAAAGAUUCCAGUCGAAAAAUCCUUCAAAAUGUCCGAUUAGGCGGGGUGACAGCAAAAAAAUUGAUAGAUUGAAUGAACAUCUAGAUUUUUUGCGGUCAUUCCAGUUGCCGGAAAGCGCACGCGUGCAGUGCAUCGAAGGUUUCCGCAUAACGAUUUCAGCGAUACAAAUGUUAUGCGAGGAACUUUUCAUUGAGCACAGCUCCCUCAAAUUUAUUUUCACCGGGAAAAUGAAUCAAGAUGCGUUAGAAAACUUUUUCUAUCGCAUACGAGCUAGUCAGGGUAUGAAUACCCAUCCCUCAGCUCACGAAAUUCAAUACAUAGUUGCGCGACUGAUCUCAAUGAAAAUUUUACGCCAGAGAUUUGAGAAGAAAGGUUCUAAUUGUACAGAUGAUGACGAUAUAAAUUUAGAUUGGUAUAUAGGCCCCGAGGAUCGUCAUCUUGAGACAGAGGUAGGAGACCAGCGAAAUGAGGAUCUCGUUUUAGAAGAGAUUGAUGUGGAAGACAUACAUUUUGCUGAAGAAAGUAAUGAAGCUGAGGUACAAGUGCAGCGUUACUUCACAGGCUAUGGUAUUUACCAGAAAAUGCUGUGCAAGUUAAAAUGUGAAAAGUGCACCCACGCCAUGACGAAAACAAAAGGGGAGCUGAAGUUGCAUUCAGAAGCCCUGAUAAGAUCAAAAAACUUCACGGAUGACAGCGAUUUAAGGCUUGUCAAUCCUGAAGACAGGGUUUUCGAAGUGUGUCGACUCCAAAUGGUGUGGUACCGUCAGCUCUUCGCAAAAUAUGCCCACAUUGCAGGUCUUAGGUGUUUAAUGUUGUCCGCUCUAAAAGAAAAAACACAAAAAGUGUGUCCCGACUGGUUUGUAGGAUCUGGCGAGUGUAGAGAUCAUCGCGAGAAGCUAUUAGAUUUUCUCUUAACUGUCCUUUUAUUCAAGAAUGCAAAGUGGCUCUUGCGAAAUGAGGUCAAUAAAGUCAAAGAAAGAAAACUACAAAGUAAAUUAAAAAAGCUGUAGGUUGUAAGCCAGGGCCCCACGAAAAGAGAUUCGCCGUUCACACAGGGUUUUCCACUUUUCUAUAUUUCAGGUUUUUUUUAUUUAUAUAUUUUACAGGUAUUUUCCGUUUCAGGUUUUCUCUAUUUUUUAGUCUAUUUUACAGGUUUCUUUUUUAUUUUUUCUUCUCUUUCAGCUAGCACCCGAGCCUAGAUUUUUAAGCACUACAAUUUUUUCUUAAUCAUGAUGGAUUGAGAGUAGUGUUUUAAAAAUCAGGUAAAUCGCAAUGACUUAAUCGAUGUCAAUAUCGAAGUCGUGUGAGAAAUUGUUAUAGUAUGAGAACAAUUUCGUAAUUCGUGCUUUCUCAAUUUUAUAUUUUUUUUUUCAUUUCAGGAAAUGUAAAUACCUAUUAUUUAUAGCAUUGUAAUAUAUAUACAUGUAUAUAUAAGAUUACUUAAAUUACUUGUGAAUAAAAAUAAAAAAUUAAAAUUAAAAAAAAUAGUAUUUCAUUUUCUUAAGGAUAACAAUAUUUAUUUGGUAAGAGGAUCUUAAAGAAACAUAUACCAAUAAUAUAAUUGACAGGAUUUCAUUACAAUAUCAAUAUAUUCGUUCAGCUCAAUAAAAUAAAUAUCUG